UUCACUCUGACCAAGAAAUGGAUAACUGGAAGAUCCAGCUUGUUGUUGUGACAUUUUGUGCUUUGGUGCAAACCUAUGAGGCACUGUCUUCCAGUGUGGAAGAGGAGAGAGGGUUAUCUAAAGACUGGCAGGAUGAGUCAGUGGAGGCAGAUCUGACACAUCCGCUGGCCAGUCUGAUUAAAAGAUCUAAAGCGCUUCGUUUCUAUGGACUCAUGGGGAAACGCUCAGAAAAAAAGAAACCCUUUCAAGUAAACAGACGAAAUAAAGGAGAGGUGUUUGUGGGCCUGAUGGGAAGAAGCAUUUCCAGCGGUGGUUCAUCAGUGGAAUGGGUCCAAAUCCUGUAUUGA